CAAGGCGGAGGAAGGGGCAAUAUGAAGUCACCCACAGUCUCUAUGAUGACCUCGUGCACCAAAAGACCAACUUCUGCAGCCGGCGACUAACAAUUCCCCGAUUUGGAGCGAAAGAGCAGGAGCUUCAGGUUCAGCCGAAGCCUUUUCAGAAGACGAGGUAACAGACAGGGAGAGCGAUGCUCAUUGCAAGACUUCGCUUUGUCUUCAUCGGCAUCCUGGUGCCUACGUCACUCUGCAGUAUCAGUUAUUCAUUCGCUGCGCUCACGGGUCAUAGGAACCGCAAAAGGCUGCAAAUCGCAUCAUGGUCAGGGCUGCGAGGCUGGGCCUUCAGUAGUCAAGUAUGCGAAGCCUCAUCGCAGAGUAAGGACGCCUUCAACGACUGCACCCAAGGACUCCACUCGAAAUGGGAAGACUCCUCCUCCACACCUGACCAGGACGAGGACAAGGACGACAACGAGGACGACGACGAGGACGACGACGAGGAGGAGGAAGAGGAGGACGACACAGCCCCAGAGGGAAUCACACUCUCGGUGAUCAACGAGCGAAAUGGCCGACUUCUGUUAAGAGAGAUAUUCCCUCUGACGAACUACUGGGCAUACUGGAUCGACCUUCAAUGGAACGUGAAACGCAUUGCCCCAGGCCGAGUAGUUGUCAUGUCGGUGUCCAGGAGUGGCUGCAAAGGACUCCGACAGGCAGCUCAACACCUCGCAAGAAUGGGAUCUUUGUUUGCUGAACAUCUGACUCCCUCAGCCCACUGGAUCUGGGUCUUCAUCAAGGGUGGCCAGACACUCUCUGAAACAACCGUGAUUGAAGGCAGUGACAAUACCUACAUAGAAACCCAGUUAGUUCUCAAACAAAAACAGUUCCAUCCAAAUAUUGCAGAUUCUCUUGAAAAAGAGCGCUGGCACUUCUGUGACAACGAGGAUGGUUUAGGAGAACUUUGCGAUGAAACCAGUCCUGCCCCUUUGCCAGUGCCCUUACAGCCAAAACUGAGUUUGACCUCUGUAGAUCCUUUAGAAAGUGUGCCUGUCAUUAUCACGGCUGGUAAAAGGUUCCGUUACCUGUGCUAUACCCUGAUGAGAAUUCUCGCAGCUCCUGGAGUACAUCCUGAGAACCUGCUGGUUGUUCUUGGGGAUACCUCCAGGCAGACACUCAAAGUGCUCCACCUUCUUAACAUCAAUCACAUCACAUUACCUACUCAUGGGACAGGCAAUACGAAGUUAUUCCACUACUACAGAGAUGUUUUCGCUUUUAUUGCCAAGACAUAUAACGACUCUCAAAAUGUCAUUAUGAUGGACGAAGACGUAGAAGUCUCACCUGAUUUUUUUUCAUUCAUGAGUCAGACUUUAUGGCUCUUGCAACAUGAUCCUUCAGUGUACUGCAUCAAUGGCCAUGGAAAACAUAAGACUAUUUCACAUGACAUCCACAAAGUACUUCGUGGAAGAUCCAUGGUUGCCUGGGGUUACGCUCUAAGCGUUACAUUUGUUAAGGAGGCUUUGAAGUCCUGGUUGAAUGUGGCAGAAGAUGUACAGGAUUUUUAUGACCUUUGGCUUUACCAACAUGUGGCCAAUGGAAGAGACUGCAUCUUUCCAGAUGUAAGCAGAACAAAACACUAUGGUAUAGGCAUCAACACUGUACCAUUUCAAACCGAAUCGUUUUUUCAAGCAAUACCUUUGGUAGAGGAAAGUGGUGUGCUUUUGACUAACACCAGUAGACUUACGCUACCCUUAUGGAAGCAUGACUUAACCGAGAGCAUUAAGGGAGCAAAAGUCCUCACAGGCAAUCCUUGCAGUGAAACCUUCAUCCCAACGCCUGCGACACCUACUACUUAUGUCAUCUAUGUGAAUAUGACGAAGACCUCUGAUGGUUGGCCUGACUGCUGGAACUAUUACAAGCUACUGAAAUGUCUAGGAGCCUGGGAUCUCACGCCCUUCUCUACUUCCCCCCAUGGUCUGCACGAGGGAGUGGCUACCUUCAUGCUUUCUCCCAAUGCAACAGUCCACGCCGUUGGAGUUCCCUACUCCUCCUACUCAUACCUCAGGCAUCCCAGCAUCACCCCUUGGAGAGCCACUCCCACUGAAGGCGAAUACGAAAUGUUUACAGCAGGCUUUGCAUUUCCUGGUUCCAUUGAAGAAAUUAAGAACAGAAAUAUGACAUCAGAAACGCUUCUGAAACAACUGACUUGGGCAUGACCAAGAAUGAAACACAAAUAUCAGCUAAAUAAUCUGCCACUCAUUCUUUGUAAUUCUGCACGGUCCACCAUUUCUUCUGAGAACAUGUAAGAAGUGGCGGGUUUAAUGACUCAUACAAUUUGAAGUUUUAAUCCAACUUGUAUGGACAAUGAACACUAAAUCAGAAUUUUUGUCAUUCUGGGUAUAUGUUACUCUAAAGAUAAGGUGAAAUCGAAAUGAAUCGAUAUGGUUGGCUUAAUUCCAUUAAUAUGAAAACGUCAAGCGUGUGUAUGUGACUAAAAUUCAUAAUUACUAGCUCAAUGUUACAAAUUGACUAACAAUCAGCUAUCAUAGUGGGGAUGGGUCAAUAAUGAUUAUUCAAACUUUGCAGAGGCACUACCACUUAUACCAAGAACAACAAAUGUUCCACAGGCGAGAUCUAACAACAUUCAUUCUAGUGCACUGACAGACGCGAGUUGAGGGCGCAAGAUUCCUGGGUGUCUGUAACCCUUAUCUCAACCUAAGCGAAUUUCCAAGGCAGAUUUCAAGACCAAAAGGGAACUGAAUAAAGGAAAACAACCCUGCUCAGAGAACACAUAAAGGACUUGGACAAUAGAAAAUAACCGCUCAUCACCGGCCCCCUCCUCACCCGACCACACGUAAAACCUUAAUUGCCUUGACAUUAGUCUGUUGCUCGAAAAUACCGAUCUGCUGUUGUCGAUUGGUUCAGAAAUCUUUGCCAAAACCUUUCUCAUCUUAAUCAAGCUUUUUCUCCCUAUCUCUCUUGAGUUAAUGCAGGUACUGCAUAUGUUCAGUGAUGAAAAGGUGACAUAUAAAACUAAGAGUGGCAGAAGGAAAAGACACAUGAUGGUCAGAAAACAUCGAACAAGUAUUGUGAAUGAUGAUAAAUAAUUCUGAGCAAAUUGUACGAGGACUUUUCUGAGAGUAGCAAAUGAUGCGUGAUUUAUUGGUUUUCAACAAGACAAAAGAUAAGUAAUGACCAGAGAAACAAAUAAGAUUGUCAAAAUGUUUAUAAAAUGAUCGAGCAGUGAGAAAUUUCUGCAGCUAACACGAGUUGACCUCUGAUCUCGGCCAAACAAUACACCUGCAACAUAAU